AUAAUAGAUAGUUUCUAUAUAUACUUCACUUAAAUUGUAUUCGUUUACUAUAAUUAUGCAGUUAUAGCUAUUAAAAGAAAUUUUUGACUACAUGCCUGCUUCCCAUUUAUAUUAGCCCUUGAUAGUCGAGAUGUUUACGUCGGUGCCAGUGUAUUCACAAGCUAAAUCUGCUAUUCAAUUCAUAGCUGGAGACAGAGAAGGAGCCAGAGAAACACAGAUAAAUUUCUUGAACACGUUCCCAAUAGCUUCUCAGUGUAAGUCUGCUUACCAUUGGUGGCUAGGUGAGAAUGAUAAAGCAAGACAUACCCAAUACAUGUUCCUUCAUGGCGUGAGUAACCUUGCAAAUAGAAUCCCAGCUGUUGGUCAUGCAAAAGGUACCAUUCACUAUGUUUUCGGCGAUAAGGAAGGCGGUGACACAGCUAUGAAAGCUGCUUCAAGAACGGUUGGCGUCAUUGGAGGAGGUUUUGUUGGUGGAUUCGUGGGAGGUCCUGUGGGAAGCAUUGCUGGUGGUAUUUCAGGGGGUGCUGCUGUCGAUGGAUUAACAACCAGCAUUGAAUCUGCUGUGUACAACGAAUAUCGCCCGUCUGGUCAUAUUGCUGCUGUCACAAAUAUUGUAAAUGGUGAAGCAACCGUUGGAGACAUAAUUGACUCAACAGCCAGUAUUGUUUUUGAUGGUUUGGUAGGUUAUAAUGCGGGAAAAGCUGGUGCAAAGUUUCGCACUCGAAAACGCCGAAUGAAAGUACCUCCCAAACCAGUCGACCCUCCCGAACCAGUCGACCCUCCCGAACCAGUCGACCCUCCCAAACCAGUCGACCCUCCCAAACCAGUCGACCCUCCCGAACCAGUCGACCCUCCCAAACCAGUCGACCCUCCCAAACCAGUCGACCCUCCCAAAGCAAUCGACCCUCCCAAACCAAUCGACCCCAAACCAAUCGACCCUCCCAAACCAAUCGAUCCUCCCAAACCAAUCGACCCCAAACCAAUCGACCCUCCCAAACCAAUCGACCGAACACGGGAUGAUUUCCAAUUUCUUCAGGAUAAUGAUGCAUCCGGACGCCUCACCCUCACGGUGGGUGUAGGUGUACGGAUUUACUUUUAUUAAUAACCUCAAGUAUGCUAGAUUAUAUGCCCAACUCAGUAUAAAGUAUACAAGUCAUGUGAAAAACUAGAGCACUGGAGUGCUAAACCCUUAUAUAGCCAUGCAUGUCUAUAUAACAACUAAAUUUAAGUAUAGUUAUGUUAUUG